AUGUCGUCUAGUGAGCCACGAUUCUUAGUUUUCAUCCCUUCUGGAAAAGUUCAACCUCCAGAUGACCCAGACGAGACUGAGCCAGCAGAAGCACAGAUCGUAUUCCAAAGCAUACGAGCUUUGAGCAGAGCCGGACCCCCUCCGAAUUCCCCACAGUCAGAAGCUGUGGAGACUGGCCGGGUAUGCAAUAUGCAAUACGCCAUAUUUAUGCAUGCUGCUCGCUCUAUUCCAUCAAUCCAUCUAACGGACCAUGGCAGCAUGCUUUGGCCUUACCGAGUUCUCUGGCCAUGGAUGCAAAACUGGGUUCGGUUUGUUGAAGUUGUAACUUGUGAAUUCCACACCAACCCCCAUUCUUGCAUCCAAGUUCUGAACAACGCCCCCACUCCUGAUCACCACCAUUCAUCCAAGUACAUACUCGUAGAUACCCAAUACAGAGAGCAUGUUGCACCGCUGGCUUGUUCCACGCAGUACGGAAAGGAUUUUGGAGACAAAAACGUUGGAGGUGAAGUGCAGCGUCAGGCCACAUGCCCUUUUAUGUCAACUGGGGCGUCAAUUCCUAAGGUCGUUUCGACCAGCGAGUCGGCCAAUUUUUGCAGGUCGUCUCGGAGAAUUUGA